AAAGGUCAGUGAGACUAAUUACCAGGAGUUUACCCCCUAGCGUCAGACUUCCGAGUACCCCAUUCCAAGGAAACUACCUAGUCUACUAAAUUUAGAGCACAGUGCAUAUAGUUAAGUGUAUAGCUAUAUCGGACUAUUAGUAGCGACAUCAUUUUUAUAUUGUCCGAUACCAAGAAGCAAUUGAUCAUGGCGACUAUAAAAGAAGCUCCAACUCUCUACGUCACAGUACCUAACGGAUAUCCAACUGAGCGUCAACAGCCAUUCAACUAUUCUCAACAACUACUUCAAACCAACCUUCUAUCACCAACCACAGCAGCAGCGAUGGCCAACAAGUUUGAGAAAGAAGAGAAAUUCGAAUACGACAGCAACACCGACAGUGACUCGGAGUGCAACAAUUCCAAGUCACGCUCGGGUAGCAAUUCACCGACUGCCGAGUUUGAAGAGCGAGUGUUUAAUGACACCACUGGCCGCAGUGGAGGACCCAAUGCUGCUGGCAUUAUCGAAUGUUACCAUGAGGUCUGCAAGAGUACUUCCAGACUCACCAUGGUUAAUUUCGAUUGUACACACUACAUAUUCCUUUGUGAGCAGUGUAUUGUUCGGUACUACUUCAGCUGCCCCGUACAUCCACAGUCAGCUCGGAUCCAGAGCACCUGCUAAGAAAUAUGAUAGAUGGCAUGAAUGCCUUGCACGUACAGUAGAAUAUAGUAGCUUACUUAUUUAUAUAACUAUAUAAAUGCAUUUUGUACAUCAUUUACUAUACGAUUUCUUGUUCUUUCUAUAAAAGCCUGACUACCUUCAAUGCUUUAAUUGUGAGAGGACAUGCAACCUGGACAUUGUCAUCUACAGUUGUGGACAUAGAAUCCUUCUUUGUAACAACUGCAUGCCUACAUACUAUAAUAAUUGCCCCUGGCACCCACAAUCACCGUGGACUAAGAUUAUUAGCGAUUUUAAGUAAAACACUUUUUGUGUACUUUUUAGAGUGAUUAUUUGAUACGUUGUGCAAUAGCGGCUUACCGCAGCUGAUCUUUCUAUUUUCUAUCAAUCAAAUGAAUACUUAUAA